AUGAAGGAAAUAUGUGAUCCAGAUAGCGCGCCAGAUAGAAAGGCCACAGUCGUUGGGACCCGAUGGAACCUGGCCAAGGACACACUUAGUGUUAAGGAAGUCGCAUCAGAGGACUACGCCCCUACCAAACGUAACAUUCUCAAAAAGGUUGCAUCAUACUACGACGUGUUUGGUGUUCUCGCUGCUGUCACCAUUCGUCCAAGGAUGCUACUCCAGAAACUGUGGCAGUUUGAUCUUGGUUGGGACACUGAACUCAGUAACCACAGUGAUCUGUAUGUUGAGUGGCAAACUAUAGAACGUGAUCUCAAGGAUGUAGGUAAAAUCGAGAUCCCACGCUGUCUGAUACCCGAGAAAUACAAGGGCAUGUCUCCACUGCCUGACGUGUCACUACAUGGUUCUAGUGAUGCGAGUGAGAACGCUAUGGGAGUCACUGUGCACCUUAGAUGGUCUGAGUCUGAAGAUCAUCCUGCUGAACUGACAUUUGUUUGUGCUCGUGCACGCGUCACCCCAUUGAAACAGACAAGCAUACCCCGGAAGGAGUUACAGGCUCUACUCUUGCUGUGUCGAUUGCUGUUGUCAGUCCGCAGUGCCCUACGUCUCGAUAUUCAGUACACCAAGUUGUGGACCGACAGCAUGACUGCCAUACGCUGGCUUCGUGGCCAGUCCAAGUCAUUCAGAUCAUAUGUGGCUUGUCGGGUCGGUGAAAUUAGCACUGACUUUGAUCCAGUCAAAGACAUUGCCUACAUUCCAACUGACCAGAACAUUGCUGAUUUGAUCUCACGUGGUGUCACCGCAGAUAGAGCAUGGAUGUGA